AUGGAGCUCAUCCACAAAGACUCCCCACAAUCCCCUCUUUACCCUAGUAAUCUUCCUCCUGGUGAGCACAUUCUACAGCCAGCUGCUUGCCCUUUUGCUGGGUUGCACCACCAAACCAGCAUGAUGUCAACAAAUAAAGCUGUCAUGAACAGGAUGGUGAGUCCUCUCACUUCCUAUGGUGACCCCUUUUUGUUCUUGGCACAAGUUGGGGUUGGCUCCUUCCAAGAAAAAUCUCAUCGUACACAUUUCAAAACCUACUACUUUCAAGUAGACACUGGUAAUGAGCUCUCUUGGAUUCAAUGUGAAGGUUGCCAAAAUAAAGGCAACAUGUGCUUCCCUCAUAAGGAUCAUCCAUACCCCAGUUCUCAAUCCAAAUCUUACAAGCCUGUAUCUUGCAAUCAACACUCCUGCGAGCCAAACCAAUGCAAAGAAGGCUUAUGUGCCUAUAAUAUAACCUGUGGUCCAGGUUCCUACACAAGUGGGAAUCUUGCUAAUGAAACUUUCACUUUCUAUUCUAACCAUGGCAAACAUACAGCUCUCAAGAGCAUUAGUUUUGGAUGCAGCACCGAUAGUAGAAACAUGAUAUAUGCUUUCUUGCUUGACAAAAAUCCGGUGAGUGGGGUUUUGGGUAUGGGAUGGGGUCCUCGAUCUUUUCUAGCACAACUAGGCUCAAUCAGUCAUGGAAAGUUCUCAUAUUGCAUCACAGCAAACAACACACGCAAUACCUAUUUAAGGUUUGGCAAACAUAUUGUAAAAUCAGAAAAUUUACGAACUACAAAAAUAAUGCAAGUCAAGCCCUCCGCGGCUUAUCAUGUGAAUUUGCUAGGCGUAAGUGUUAAUGGGGUGAAGCUUAACAUCACCAAAACCGAUCUUGCUGUGAGAAAAGAUGGUAGCAGAGGAUGCAUCAUAGAUGCUGGUACCCUGGCCACAUUACUUGUCAAACCUAUUUUUGAUACACUACACGCAGCUUUGGCAGAUCAUUUGUCAAGCAAUCAAAACCUGAAGAGACGGGUCAUUCACAAUUUGCACAAGGAUCUUUGCUAUGAACAAUUAUCGGAUGCCGGCCGCAAGAACCUUCCUGUUGUUACAUUCCAUUGGGAGAAUGCUGACCUUGACGUUAAACCUGAAGCCAUCUUCUUGUUCCGUGAGUUCGAGGGAAAAAAUGUUUUCUGCUUGUCAAUGCUUUCUGAUGAUUCUAAGACCAUAAUUGGUGCUUAUCAGCAAAUGAUGCAAAAGUUCGUGUACGAUACUAAAGCUCGAGUCCUGAGUUUUGGUCCAGAGGAUUGUGAGAAAAAUGGCUGA